UAGCACUGGGCGUAUCCAAACACUGCGCGGCUUGAAGAGCAAGUUGGCUGAGUCUUUUUGAAUCAUAUCAGCAGAUCACCAAGCACAGGACAGUGCCAGGAGAGCAGCACAGCAUCAACCUGGAAGGAGUCGAGCGCAGGACAGUCAACAUGAGCAGAUGUCUGAUCAGCAAACCGGACGUGCAAGGUUUCAUCGAGAGGUGUAUGGUAGCCGUGGGCACCCAGCCACAUCACGCCCGCAGCCUGGCUGAGGUGCUGGUCGAAGGAGACCACAGGGGCCACUACAGCCAUGGACUCAACAGAAUGGACAUGUACGUGAAGGACGUCCAAUCAGGAAUCUGUGCCAAGGACGGUGAACCGGUGGUGGAAAAAGAGAGUGCAGCCACAGCACUGGUGGAGGGCAAGAACCUUUUGGGUCCUGUCGUGGGAAACUUCUGCAUGAAUCUCGCCAUUAAGAAAGCCAAAGAGGUUGGGAUUGGCUGGGUGGUGGCACGUGGCUCCAACCAUUAUGGUAUUGCAGGAUACUACGCAUUGCAAGCUCUGAAGGAGAACAUGAUUGGCAUGUCAUUUACCAACACAUCCCCACUGGUGGUUCCCACACGUGGUAAAGAGUGCACUUUGGGCACCAACCCCAUUAGUGUGGCAGCUCCUGCUAAUGACGGAGACAGCUUUGUUCUAGACAUGGCCACAUCAGCAGUAGCACUUGGAAAGGUGGAGCUCUAUGAACGGCGUGGAGACCCCAUCCCUGAAGGCUGGGGCUGUGACGCCAACGGCAAGCUGAGCACCGACCCUAAGAAAGUUCUGUCCGGAGGAGGACUGGUGCCGAUUGGUGGAAGUGAAGCGACAGGAGGGUACAAAGGCUACGGUCUGGGAAUGAUGGUGGAAGUGUUCUGUGGUAUUUUGGCCGGUGCCCAAUACAGCAAUCAUGUUCGCACAUGGAAAGUAACUGACCGUAUUGCCAACCUGGGUCAGUGUUUUGUGGCGAUUAACCCAGAAAACUUUGCUCCCGGGUUCAGUGACAGGAUGUCUGACCUGCUGUCCAUCCACAGAGGAAUGGAACCAGCUGACCCCAACGUUCCCGUUUUGACUGCUGGAGAUCCAGAGCGGAUGAACAUGAAGAGGUGUGAUGACAUGGGCGGCAUCCCUUACCACAUCAAUGUUGUUAACUACAUGAACGACUGUGCUAAGAACAUUGGUGUCAGCCCGCUGCUGCCCUGCGACAAUCUCAUCUCCAAUUAAUCAAUCCAAGCCAAGACUGUCAGUAUUGGAAGAACCUACAACUCGAGUCACUUUGGGAAUGCAAUCCUGUUUAUGCACAUGUUACAUUGCAAUCAUAUUUUACGGAUUUUAACUGCGCACAAUACCAUUUUUGUCACAUGAAAGUUUUAAUUUAAAAAAAGGACUUAUAUCAUGCAUGAGAAAAAGGAGAAUAUUUCCUUUCAUAUUUUUUGUGUCUGUUGCUUCCACAUGUAAACGCUGAAUGUGAGACCACAAAAUACGCACACUUGUUGUCUAAAGCUGUUGUAAGUUGCAUUGUGGCUGUUUGCUGGAGGUGAAUGAGUUAAAAAAUAUUUGAGUGGUAUUGCUGGAAAAACCAAAGCUAAAGUUGUUGUGCUUUGAGUCAUUUGAGUUUAUUUGUCCAGUUAUAAAGCAGACAAAAAGAUUUAAAGGUUUUGACUUUGAAGUCAUCGUAAAAAACACUAUUGUGCCUUAUUCAAUAAAAGCCAUAUGAAAGAAAA